GGCUCCCGGGAAAGGUUCCAUUCCUAGGGGAUAGAGGGCUGAGUUUUGUAUGCUUCCAUCCAUUCUGCAAGACGCUAAAGGCCCCUCAUCAACCUCUCCUGUGUCCGGGAACACCUCCAUGGUAAUCAUUUUUUCGUUUAUUUGUCUUUUGGAGCAGGAGCGCCUUGCCAGAAGUGGUCGAUUCAGCAGUGUCCUGAAGGUUUUUUGAUGCUGUUCUAGAAGGAUGACACCACACUGAGAGCAUAACCAAAACACAAGUUGCUAAAUUACUUCUUUUUUAAUAUUAUUAUUAAAACAAAAACAAACAACUACAACAAAGCGCAUCGCUAGUUGAGCGACUUCUCCGACGGAAGGAUAACGAUCCAACUAGCUGCUGAAGUACAGUAGCCUACUCUGUGUAAAUUGUUUAUGUCGUGCCAACACAGGACGGACUGAAGAAGGAAACAGGACUUGUGAACUGGGCUUUCUUUCCACAGAUCACUCAAGAGCAAACUCAGACUUACCUUCCAAUCACCAAGGAAAAAAAGAUUUCACAUUCGAUAGGAGCUGGUUUUGCACAAAAACUGUUUUAAUGUUUGGGAUUCAGGAAAAUAUUCCGAGAGGUGGGACGACAAUGAAAGAGGAACCGCUGGGCAGUGGGAUGAAUCCGGUCCGAUCGUGGAUGCACACAGCUGGGGUAGUGGAUGCUAACACAGCCGCCCAAAGCGGUGUAGGUUUGGCUCGGGCACACUAUGAAAAGCAACCGCCAUCCAACCUCAGAAAAUCCAAUUUUUUCCACUUCGUCCUGGCUCUGUAUGACAGACAGGGACAACCCGUCGAGAUCGAACGGACAGCUUAUGUGGACUUUGUGGAGAAGGAGAAAGAACCAAACAGUGAAAAAACUAACAAUGGGAUUCAUUACAAACUACAGUUAUUGUACAGCAAUGGCGUCAGAACAGAACAGGAUCUUUUCGUACGACUAAUCGAUUCCAUGACAAAACAGGCUAUUAUUUAUGAAGGCCAGGACAAAAAUCCGGAGAUGUGCCGAGUCCUUCUUACGCACGAAAUUAUGUGCAGUCGGUGCUGCGACAAAAAGAGUUGCGGCAACAGGAACGAGACUCCCUCGGACCCGGUGAUCAUUGACAGGUUCUUUUUAAAAUUCUUCCUCAAGUGCAAUCAGAACUGCCUGAAGAAUGCAGGGAACCCCCGAGACAUGCGCAGAUUCCAGGUUGUUGUAUCCACAACAGUCAAUGUGGACGGCCAUGUCCUGGCUGUCUCGGACAACAUGUUCGUACACAACAACUCCAAGCACGGCCGAAGGGCUCGACGUCUCGACCCUUCAGAAGGUACGGCUCCUUAUCUGGAGAAUGCAGCUACCCCGUGCAUAAAAGCCAUCAGCCCCAGCGAAGGGUGGACCACGGGCGGAGCCACCGUCAUCAUCAUCGGAGACAACUUCUUCGACGGCUUGCAAGUUGUGUUCGGGACGAUGCUGGUAUGGAGUGAGCUGAUCACGCCCCACGCCAUCCGGGUACAGACUCCGCCCAGACACAUUCCGGGCGUGGUUGAGGUCACCCUCUCCUACAAGUCGAAGCAGUUCUGCAAAGGGGCGCCCGGGCGGUUCGUCUACACCGCUUUGAAUGAACCAACUAUUGACUACGGCUUCCAGAGAUUACAGAAGGUCAUUCCAAGGCAUCCAGGUGAUCCAGAAAGGUUACCUAAGGAGGUGUUACUGAAGAGAGCCGCUGACCUUGUGGAGGCUCUGUACGGAAUGCCCCACAACAACCAGGAGAUUAUUCUGAAGAGGGCGGCUGACAUCGCGGAGGCCCUGUACAGCGUACCCCGCAAUCACAACCAGAUCCCGUCCCUCGCCAACACCGCGUCCCACGGAGGCAUGAUGGGAGUAAACUCCUUCAGCAGCCAGCUAGCAGUCAACGUCUCAGAGACAUCUCAGGGUAAUGACCAGGUGGGAUACAGCCGCAACACCAGCAGCGUCUCUCCACGUGGGUAUGUACCCAGCAGCACCCCACAGCAGUCCAACUACAACACAGUAAGCAACAGCAUGAACGGGUACGGGAACGCGGGGAUGCCCAAUUUAGGGGUUCCCAGCUCCCCGGGAUUCCUCAACGGGUCCUCGGCCAACUCCCCCUACGGCAGUAAGUAUCAAGUAGUGCCGUCGAGCCCUACCAUGGCAGCCUCUUCGGUCAGCCUCUCUUCAAACUGUAGCAGCACACACGGCAUUUUCUCAUUCUCACCUGCCAAUGUCAUCUCUGCAGUGAAACAAAAGAGCGCCUUUGCUCCCGUUGUCAGGCCCCAAGCCUCUCCACCUCCCUCUUGCACCAGUGCAAAUGGCAAUGGACUUCAAGCGAUGUCUGGGCUGGUUGUCCCUCCCAUGUAAACUGCACUUGCCUCUCUCAAGCCUCGAUCUUCACAAAACGGGCUUCAUGGGACCUAUUUAGUACAUACGGAAGAUUCUGGUCGAAUCAGUGUCAUCAAUCAUGAAUAUAAUCAACAACAAAUUCUGUUAUUCAGAAGAAAAAAAAAAAAGAGACUUUCUUUCCAAGAUCUUAUUCAAAUGAAUAUGAAUUAACAUGCAAGCGACUUCUUUCAUGAACAAUUCCAUUUUAUUGACUGAAUUUCUUGUCAUAUUUUCACAUUUCUCAGUCUUGAAGAAAAAAAAAAAUGAAGGAAAAAUGCCUAUUUUGUAUAAACGUUUCUGGUUACAUCUUGGCUAUGUCUAGUUCUUGUUCUGUAUUGGGAGAAACUCUGUGGAUGCACCGUUUGAUGAAAACACUGAUGAAAAAUGCCUCUGAACUUGUUUCUCUUAAAUUGAUGCUCAGAAAUUGGCAUCUAUAUAAUGUGAAUUUAUUUCUUUUUUUCUUUCAUUUUUAUGUUUGUGGUUAGAAUAAAAGGGGGCCAAGAAAGGGUGAGCCAUUGAACUGGAAAUAAUAGAAAUAUAUGAUUAAAAAAAAAACAAAACAAAAAAAAAAAACAAAAAAAAACAAACAAAGUAAAUAAAACUAAAACUGUGGGGAGGGGCAGAUGGAGGUAGGGAGAUUUUAUCAUGCUUACUUCAUCUUAAAAAAUGAACUUUGUAACUUAUUGUAGUUAGAAAUAGUAACUUUGAUAUUGCAAAAAUCCUUCUCUUGCCUUCAACAAGCACACUGACAGAGAAAAACGCUACUGUCUGUUGGUUAAAAAAUAUACUUCCACUGCUAGAGCUUCCUGUUUAAGCAAGUGUGAUCUGCAAUGUUUUUCAACUUUUUGCUAGCACUGUAUACUAUUGCAUUCUUAGGCUACUGUGAAGUCUAUGUUUCUUGUACCAGAAAGUUGUCCUUUUACUUCUAGCUCCUUAUUCCCUGAUGUGUUUUGUAUGUGGUUAUACGAUUGUAGACUUUUGUGAUUUUGCCAAAGUUGUAGCUAAAUAUUUAUACACUUGUCUUGAAUUUUUCCAGAUCCACUUAAAUAUUUAGUACAGAGUUUUAUUCCUUCUAAAAUGACAAGGAGUAAAAUAGUCUUAUACAUUGCAACACUUUCUUUCACAUUACACACUUGCGGUCACUAAGGGAAUUUUUGUAACAUAUCAAUUAUAAAUAGUGUAUUUAUCUUUGAAAUUUUGUAUAUUGCUUUCCAUCAUUUUAUUUGAUCUUGUAUGUAUUGUUUGUCAUAGCCUGACAUUGUGAUGCAGCACAGAGCGUUAAGCCAAGAAUCAUUGCCUACAUCUGCUUUUUUUGUAUCGAUAGAUUGCAAUGUCCAUACAUUUCAUUUGUAUUUCUGGAAAUUUUGUUACUUUGCUGAGACUUUCCGUCCAUUUCUUUUAUUUUUUUUUUUAUUUUGAGGAAAAGUCAAAUUCAUUGUUUAUUUUUAUAUUAUUUUUUAAGUUAUGUAAACAAAUACUUUUUUGAAAUAAAAAAAUGUUUGUUGUAUAGUCAAAUAAAUUGUUUGUGACACAUGGCUGUAAUAAUACUAGUAGAAAAUGUGCAUGUCAAGCCACCUUUGGGUGGAAUGAUUCAAUUUGUGGUUGUAUUUUCUUUUCUAUUUUUUUGUAGAAUGUAAAAACUCAUUUUGAUCUGCCACCCAUGACUUUGCCAUAUAGCUUAACUGUGUUUACAGGGAACAGAAAUCAAAACAUCUAAAUUUGGAAUGGAAUCGUAAAUCAAUCACUAAUGUUUAUUAAAAUUUGUCAAGAAAAAAAAAACAAAACAAAAAAAAAAAACUCUUAUGAUGCCUUUACAGUGGACUUCUUGAGAGUAACCUUUUUUUUUCUCUGUCGUUUGAAUGACAACUUUACACCACAAUUGCCAAUCAUUGCUCCAUAAGGAUUAUCAAUGGUGUAAAAAGCACAAACAUUUUUUUUACUAAAAUAAAAAAGAACUAUUGUGACCCCUCACCUUUUGGACUAUUUUUUCAUUAUUUUUUUAUUGUUUUGCUGUAUUCUGCAAACCAGUAUGAAAGUCUGAGAAGUGUUUAAAGACUAGAAUUUUUAUAUUGUAUCAUAGAAAAUGCCAGGAUUUAAAUGUUAUAUAUUGUACACUACAUUUUGUAACAAUUCCAAAAAAAAAGUACUGUAGCAUCAUCGUAGCUAUAUACAUAUGGCCAUUUUUGUUGCUUUUUUUCUGAGAUAUUCAUUUUCCUGACAGUGCCAAAUUAACAGAUCGAGGCAAGUGACUUUAAUGUAUUUGUUUUAUUAUUAUUUUCUUCCUUUUUAUCUUUUCCUUUGCACUGAAGCCUUUGUAAAAUGGCAUGUUGUAAUGUUUUGCAGACUACAGCAUUAAGGCUCAAACGAAAAGAGGCGUUCCUCUUUGCCAAACUGCACACAAGUUUUAUUUUUAUUUUUUGUCUUGAGGACGCGAGGGUGGGACCUGUACGAAUAUAAAUGAUGAAUGGGCAAUGCAUUUGCUUGGUGAUAGCUCAACAAGGCUGAGAGGGGGAAAAAAAACAUAAGAA